CCGCCCCGCCGCCGCUCGGGGUGCAGCUGCGAUGCAAAAGCACUUCCCCUUGCAUUUUUUUUUUUUUUUUUAUUAGCUUAAAGUAAUUUUUGCUUCUUUAAGAAAAUAUAUAUGCAAACCCCAGCGCAUCGCCAUGGUUACUGCUGUGUGCUGCUGCAAGUAGCUGAUUUCACAUCCUUAGACCUGUAGAGUUUGGAAAGCGUGGUUCUUGUGGCCUUUCACUGUUUCCCCCACCCGGGGCCACCGUCCCGCGGUUGCAAAGAGCACACGUUGUAAUUCUCCGCGCGCGGGCGGAGGAGGCGGUGGCCGCUGGCAGGGCUGCAGCGCGCUCCACGCUCCCCUGCAGGACGUCCCCAGGUUGGUACUCAGAAGUGCCUUUCCUGACGUCUCUGCUGCUUGGGACCGCUUCUAGAGCAGCCGCUGCUUUUUGCCUUGCUUGCUGCCAGCUAGACUGCGACGACAGCGCAUCCGCCGCCACCUCUAGCCAGACACCCCCGCUGCACCCACACCGGGAGAAGGGCGCUGCCGGCCUCGCGUAGCCUGCUUUACUGUACAAAUAAAAGUGUGCUGAGAAGGUCAGAUAUCUGCUGCCCGAAAAUCAAGGAGAGGAGGAAAAAAAAAUCCAGUCUCGAUUGUUGCUCUAAACUGCUGCAUCUGUCUAUGCCAAACUAAUCGAUACCGAUUGCACCACAAAACCCCGUUGCAAAUUCAGCUGCCUGGAGAUUACCUUUCAAACAACUUUACAGAAAGCAGCUCGGAAAUCCCGUGUCAGAGGGUCUGCCACGUUUUCAUGGUUGCGUUGUGGGCUCUGGCGGGCGCUCAGGAUGGGUUGCUGAGCCCACGAGGCUAGUCCGGGCCACACCGGUAACGUUCACCUUACUGGUAACCCUGGCCGUGCUCUAAGUACGAGACCUCUGUCGAUUAACAGUGUCACACUCUGAACUCAGGCUGGCACAUCUUUUCCUUGGGGUUGCAGCCACCCAGUUUUACACGUACUUUUAAAAUAGGGAGUGGGGGAAAAGAAGUAUUCUGGAGGUGGCACUUCCAUCAUUUCCAGUUUAUCAGUUCAGCUACUUAUUUGUCCGUUUUAUUGGAAAUUUUAACUACCUGUAAAAUCUAAAGAUGGCUGUUAGUGUCACGCCGAUUCGGGACACAAAAUGGCUAACGCUGGAAGUGUGUAGGGAAUUCCAAAGGGGGACUUGCUCACGACCAGACACGGAAUGUAAAUUUGCACACCCAUCGAAAAGCUGCCAAGUUGAGAAUGGACGCGUAAUCGCCUGCUUUGAUUCAUUGAAAGGUCGAUGCUCGAGGGAAAACUGCAAAUAUCUUCAUCCGCCACCGCACUUAAAAACGCAGCUGGAGAUCAAUGGGCGCAAUAACCUGAUCCAGCAGAAGAACAUGGCCAUGCUGGCCCAGCAGAUGCAGCUCGCCAAUGCCAUGAUGCCUGGAGCCCCCUUGCAGCCUGUGCCGAUGUUUUCCGUCGCACCGAGCUUAGCCACCAACGCCUCGGCUGCCUUCAACCCCUACCUGGGGCCCGUGUCCCCCGGCCUGGUCCCGGCGGAGAUCCUGCCCACCGCCCCCAUGCUGGUGACGGGGAACCCCGGCGUCCCCGUUCCUGCCGCCGCCGCCGCUGCUGCCCAGAAGCUCAUGAGGACGGACAGGCUGGAGGUAUGUCGAGAGUACCAGCGUGGCAACUGCAACAGGGGAGAGAACGACUGCCGGUUCGCUCACCCCGCCGACAGCGCCAUGAUCGACACCAACGACAACACGGUCACCGUCUGCAUGGAUUACAUCAAAGGGAGAUGCUCACGGGAAAAGUGCAAAUAUUUUCACCCUCCUGCACACCUGCAAGCCAAGAUCAAGGCUGCCCAGUACCAGGUUAACCAAGCUGCAGCUGCCCAGGCAGCAGCGACUGCAGCUGCCAUGACUCAGUCGGCUGUCAAAUCACUGAAGCGACCCCUCGAGGCAACCUUUGACCUGGGAAUUCCUCAAGCUGUACUUCCCCCUUUACCAAAGAGGCCUGCGCUUGAAAAAACCAAUGGUGCCACCGCAGUCUUUAACACUGGUAUUUUCCAGUACCAGCAGGCUCUUGCCAACAUGCAGUUACAGCAGCAUACAGCCUUUCUCCCACCAGGCUCAAUAUUGUGCAUGACACCCGCUACAAGUGUUGUUCCCAUGGUGCACGGUGCUACGCCAGCCACUGUGUCUGCAGCAACAACAUCUGCCACAAGUGUUCCCUUCGCUGCAACAGCCACAGCCAACCAGAUACCCAUAAUAUCUGCCGAACAUCUGACUAGCCACAAGUAUGUUACACAGAUGUAGACAUUUUGUCAUCAAACAAUCGUAACUAACGAGAACAGGACAGUGUGUUUGGCUGGAGAAGAGGACAAGCUCAUUAGCCAUAAUGUAUAUAUCGUCCCGCAACACUCGGAACUCCCUCAGCAGUAAGAUGUCACACAUUGCAUGUUAACGAGACGAAAUGAGAACUCGGAAAUCCACUGCACACUGUUGCCUAUAUACUUUGUACAUUUAAUUGAUAUUUGUGCUGAGGUGAUCUUAUCGUCUAAAACCUACACCAUGGUCUAUCUUUUCUAGCACAGCAGUAUGCAUAUGGAUUCGAAUAUGCAUAUGUAGUGUUUGCUACAUGAUCAUGUACGUCACAUUGGAAAGACAGACGAUGAUGUAACCAUAAAUCUAUUAUGUAUUGGUACGUCUGUAGACCAAGAUAUAAUUUUUUAAAGUAAGUUUAUUUCUUUCAAGGUUUACAAAUAACAAAGGUGCACCUUGUAUUUAAAAUUGCCAUUAUAGAUGAGAGCGUGCAUGCACAGUAAUUUUUGUUAAAAGUAAUAUUUUUAAUGUACUAGAUUGUAAGAAGUGGUAAGAGAGGUAUCUGACAGAGAUGAAUGUGCCAAGCAAAACCACAACUGUGUAUAUUUUAAAGCACAUCAAUGGCUUUAAGUACCACGUUGUUAAGGAUUCUCAUGAAGUGCCAUAGACUGUACAUCCCGUUAGAGUAUUAUUUCUGCAGUGUUACUUUCAGAACCACGUUUUCACUUGCUGUAGUAGUACCGACCAGUCAAAGGGCACCGUUCUGUUUCAAACCAAAGCUGUCUCAGAAAUGGCCGCGGGACGGGCCCUCCAGCGCGCGGAGGCGCCGGCCCGGACCUGUCGAUCCGCUGUCUUAAGGCAUUGUAGUGUAAUAUUUAUGCAUAUUUUACUGUAUAACGCGAUAGACAAAAGGGAAAAGCCAUUUCUGAGACACAGUAACUAAUGUUUGAGGAACUUCUUUUGCUUCUAUUUAUGGCCUCUGUCAAAGUCAAAAGGACUAUAAAUGUUUUGCAGAGAUGGGUUUCGCUUUUACUUCAUCAGUCACGCGUUACGUGGUGACUCUAAACAAAGACGAACGAAGCACUGACACCAGAUGCAUGACAAACCAAAACGUGAAAAACGGAGAUGUUAAUUAGCGUAGAAAUCGGGUGGGUUAAAUACUUGGGUGAGUUUUAUAUGUGAAUUUUUUUGUUCAGAUUAACUGCUUAUAGCCUUAGAAAGCCUUUACAAACUAAACCAGAACAAUAGAUGUGCAUGGAAGCUUGGGGCGGGCGGACCCGCGGGGCGGGGGGCGCGGAGACCCGCCGUGCUCCCGCCCUCGCUGCGCUGCCCGCCUGGAGAGACCGGGGCUGCGAGGGGGCGUGUGGUCUUAUGAUUGUACUGUACAUCUAGUAAAGCCUUAGAUUAUUACAUUACGGGUUAAAACCCAUACCAAUGUAAUUUCAAUCGUGUUAAGAAAGUAUAGGUGACUUCACAUGUUAUUGUAGUUACUUAACAUUAUAGGAUAUUACUUGCUUUUUCUUUUUAAAAGUGUAGCUUUUCUUUCGUACAUUUAUUAGCUCGUGUUCGUUUUCUGUUACCGGAUGAACACCGUUUCGGUUCAUAGAACUUUGUUUAUUAGAGUUUACUGAUGACUUUUUCAAAAUCAAAAGAGUAGUUUUCUUCAUAACAUACUCAGUUUUGAAUUUACAUGUAGUGUCGUAUGAAUACUCGUAUUAUUGUUACCGAAAUGAUUUCUAUUUUACUGAUUUAAUAUGACAAUGUAAGAAUGUCAGUCAUUGUUAGUUCUUGUCUAGUUUUCAUUCAAAGAACAAAGAUCUUUUAUAUGGAUAUCUUAUAAUUAUAUAAUCAUUGCUAAGUAAGAAGUUAAGUUGUUGCUAUCGCAACAGUCCUGGCAGACAAUUGAGUAAUAUUUUGAUGAUUUAUUUUGUUUGUAAUUAGUUAUUAUGAGAAAAUCUAGUUCCUAGAUAUUAGAAUAAAAUUUAUUUUCUACUGUAUCCAUUUCAAAUGUUAAAAUAUUGUUUAAAUAUUUUUUGAGAUCCCUGAAUAUCAGGCCUUGUUAUAAAUAAGCUGCAUAAUCAAUAGAUCAAGGGACUUUUUGUUGAUAAUCCAAAUACUCAAAGUUUACGUAACCAGAAUUGUAGUGUGUGUGUGCAAACUCUUGGGGGUUGAUUAUGCUGCAGUUGAGCAUGUGGGAACGUAUAGAGAGAAGGUUGACUUUUUGCACUUCUGUAUAUAGUCAAAAAAGAGAGAAACCUGUAUAAUAGUAAGAUCUUAUUUUGAAUAAAAAUGUCUAUAAUUACAAGGAGUUUUGUUAAGGCUAAUAAAUGACAGGCUGAACAAAAUUGCUUGCAAAAGUGGCACAGAGUUAGCACUCCAUCCCCUCCAGAAGGUUGCUUUGCUUUAUGUGGACAGCUUGUAGUUUGCCAGGAUCCCUCAGCUGGAAGAGGCGCCAUCCUUCCGAGAUCUCAUGACUGACAGAAGCUCCACUGGCUCCAGUCUGCCUGGAACCAGCCACAAAAGGAAAAAAGACAAAAAACAGGAAAAAACCAUAGCAGGUACUUCAGAGCAUGGAGGUGAAACCAUGGUCAGGUAUUCCUACAUUACUCAAAAACUACUGCAUGUUUAAAGUAUCAAAAAUAUAUUAAAGAUAUAUGCUAUUCAAACCAGUUUCUGACAAUUUCAGUGGUUUAUUGUUCACAAAAAAGAUUCUUCAAAACCAAUGCUGACUUUCACAACAGAGUUGAAUCAUGGACAGGCAAACCAGACGGCACACCGUCGCUGUGCUCGUGUUGUGGUUCUUUUUACCGCUGUAGUGGGCCUGUUCUUUUAGCAGGUGAAAAAGAGAAAACCUGGCUCAUUUUACCAUUUCAAUGGCAAGUUCGAGAACCCUUGUCGUGGCCGAUGCCAAAGCCACCGGAGACGCGGGGAGGCCGUGACGUGACCCCAUCCCCAGCGCCCGCACCGCGGUCCAAUGACGCUGCACUCGGUGCAACCCGCGACUUUCAUCUGCUCAAAGGACAGACGUGCUUGGGUUUACUCUUAUGUAAUCACAGACUUACUUUUGCUUGUAGUUGCUCCAGAUUAUGUACUCUGUCCUGGGCUGCCAUUUGUUUUUAUGCUUAUUUUAUUAUUACUGCUAUAGUUGACCUUGCUGUAUGGAAAAAAUAAAGUGAAAAUGCCCUAAUAAAAA